CCAUUCAUUCAGAAACGCCAUUUUCACUUUCCUUUUUCGUUUCCCCUUCAAUCUAAUCCACCGCCAUGAAACUCAGGCUUAGGUCUCUGCAAUAAGAAACUGUUAAAUUAGAAGUACCAAACGAGUGUACUUUGCAGGGGCAACUCAGAGAAACCCUUUCUCUUGCUCUCUCUUUCCCUUGUUCUCUUCGUUUGCAUUUCUCUCUCAACAGAAGACGAGCUUGUGUCAUCGGGUCUCUAACAACGGAUUCUCUGAUAUCUCUCGGUAUCACCGCCGGUGACUUAUAAUUAUCCUGGAUUGCGAGUUUGAUUCUCUUUCAUUUUCUGGAAGAGCAGUCCUCCAUGUCUUUCACUACUCAUUUAACUACACUGUUCCCUGACUCACUGAAACUUGUGAGGGAUGAGCUUGCCUUACCGCUGUUGAUUGAUCUUUGUGAAAAGGCUUUUGAUCUUCCCCCUUGCUUGUGCGUUUUGCCGGCAGAACUUAAAGCCUUCAAGAUUUUAGAAUCACUGUCCUGGUGUUGGUAUUGGCAAGAAAUGGCAAUGAUAUGUGUAAAAGAGAUGAGCUAUUUGUCUUCAAAUAAUGAUUUAUGGAAGCAAACUAUGCUGAGGAAUUUGGAACUGAGCCAGAGAUGCAAGGACUGGUUAAUUUGGAAAGAAAAAGUUUGUUCAUCUUGGGUGGCAGGAGGAAGGCGCAGAAGGGUAUUUCGGCCUAGAGUGUACGCUAAAGAAUGUAUUCCAUCUCUUAGACAAGAGACUAUGAUUCAAGUUGAAGAGUGA